AUGAGCGAGGGCAGCGUCUCCUGCCGCAACCAACACACCCGCAGCUUCGGGCACCACCUGCCCCCUUCUGUGGAGGCAGCAGAAGCGCCUGCACGGCGCCCUGCGCCUUUCCUCGCCCUCGCCCCUCUGAGGAGCCCGGCGCAGCCUGAGGGAUCUCACACCCACACGGAGCCUCGGACCCUCGGGAGGGGCAGAGGUCACCGCCGAUCCGCCGCGAAACCCGGCCCCGCCAGGCCCCACGUCUCCGCGCUGAGGGGAGAAGAGCCCCGCACACGCUACCGAGGCCGCGGGGGCCGAUCCCCCGCUCCCCCCCGCCUCCGGCCCGGCCGAGCCUGGCUCACCGCUCCCCGCCGCCAUGAUGCGACACCUCCCCUCCUGCCUCCUCCAAGGUCCCCCAAGAAGGUUGGUGAUGACAUCGCCAAGGCCACGGGUGACUGGAAGGGGCUGAGGAUCACGGUGAAGCUCACCAUCCAGAACAGGCAAGCUCAGAUAGAGGUUGUUCCUUCUGCCUCUGCUCUGAUUAUCAAAGCUCUGAAGGAGCCUCCUCGUGACAGGAAGAAGCAGAAAAACAUUAAGCACAGUGGCAGCGUCAGCUUUGAUGAGAUAGUGAACAUUGCACGGCAGAUGCGGCACAGAUCCCUGGCUCGAGAGCUCUCAGGGACAAUCAAGGAGAUCCUUGGGACUGCCCAGUCUGUAGGCUGCAGCAUUGAUGGCAGACACCCACAUGAUAUCAUUGAUGACAUUAAUAAUGGUGCGAUUGAGUGCCCAGCUAGCUAAGACUGCAGAAAAGAAGUUGCCAUGUGAAGGCUCCUUAAGUUUUUUGUAGCACCUUAAAUACUUAAUAAAGACCCAGUUGUCUGCAA